AUGAAGGGGCGUGGUCAGUCUGAGGCGUGUGGUCAGUUAAGUCUGAGGGGGCGUGGUCAGUUUGAGGCGUGUGGUCAGUCUGAGGAGAUGUGUCUCUGUUCUCGGGGAGAGUCGAGCGAGCAGCCCCCGGAACCACCGAGCCCGAACCCGGACCAAACCAAAGGCUCUUCCCCGGGUGGAACAUGCUCUCUCCGCGGGGACAGAUGUGCUGACACAAGCCCAUUCUCAGAGCAUCGGAGUCAUGUGUCUGGAGGCAGCAGCACCCUCAGCACCCAGGGGCCCCCCCACAGCACCCACAGCCUCAGCCCCAGCCUCAGCCUCAGCAGCGCGGGCUCCAGCUGGCAAGGACUGUUCCCCACCCUCCGGGAGAGGAACUCAGUCAUGUUCAAUAACGAGAUGAUGGCAGACGUGCACUUUGUGGUGGGACCUCCAGGAGGAACACAGAGGGUCCCAGGACACAAGUACGUCCUGGCCGUGGGCAGCUCUGUGUUUCACGCCAUGUUCUACGGCGAGUUGGCAGAAGACCAGGACGAGAUCCGGAUCCCAGACGUGGAGCCGCCAUCUUUCCUCGCCAUGUUGAAGUACAUUUACUGCGAUGAGAUCGACCUGUGCGCAGACACGGUCCUGGCGACCCUGUACGCAGCUAAGAAGUACAUCGUUCCGCACUUGGCUCGCGCCUGCGUGAACUUCCUGGAGACGAGUCUGAGCGCGAAGAACGCGUGUGUGCUGCUGUCGCAGAGCUGCCUGUUCGAGGAGCCCGAGCUGACGCAGAGGUGCUGGGAGGUCAUCGACGCUCAGGCCGAGCUGGCGCUGAGGUCAGAGGGCUUCUGUGACAUCGACCCGGUGACCCUGGAGAGUAUCCUGCAGAGAGAGACUCUGAACGCCAAAGAGAUGGUGGUGUUUGAGGCGGCGCUGAGCUGGGCCGAGGCCGAGUGCGGACGCCAGGACCUGGAGCCCACCAUCGACAACAAGCGGCAGGUCCUGGGGAAGGCCAUCUACAUGAUCCGCGUGCCCACCAUGGGGCUGGAGGACUUCGCUAACGGCGCCGCGCAGUCCGGAGUGCUAACGCUAACGGAGACUAACGACAUCUUCCUCUGGUACACGGCGGCCAACAAACCCGAGCUGUUGUUCUGCUCCAAACCCCGCAAAGGCCUGUCGCCUCAACGCUGCCACCGCUUCCAGUCCUGCGCCUACCGCAGUAACCAGUGGAGAUACAGGGGGCGCUGCGACAGCAUCCAGUUUGCCGUAGACAAACGUGUGUUCAUCGCCGGCUUCGGUCUGUACGGCUCCAGCUGUGGCUCUGCGGAGUACAGCGCUCGCAUCGAGCUGAAGAGACAAGGCGCCGCCAUGGCCCACCGCCUCAUCAAGUACUUCUCUGACGGAUCCUCCAGCACCUUCCCCGUGUUCUUCGAGAACCCGGUGCAGAUAGAACCCGACACCUUCUACACCGCCAGCGUCGUCCUGGACGGAAACGAACUCAGCUACUUUGGACAAGAAGGAAUGACCGAGGUGCAGAGCGGCAGGGUCACCUUCCAGUUCCAGUGCUCCUCGGACAGCACCAACGGCACCGGCGUCCAGGGAGGACAGAUCCCAGAGCUCAUCUUCUACAGCUGA